UCUCACAAAUGUAUUUUCGUUGAGUGACAGAGAUACCGUCAGACCGAAACAUGAACUCUAUCCCAAGUGAGUACGAGAGGAGCCCUAAGUCAGACAUCUCGAAAGCCUGUUGGAUCUCACUCUUGAUGAAUGCUAUAUGAGCAUGAUUGUCACCGGUUAGAUAUACGUCAUCAACGUACAGUAGUAGCAGAGUGAUUUUACCUUGAUCAAGAUGAAAGUAAAGGUUGUAAUCAGCUUGAGACUUUGUAAGUCCCUGGCUCAGCAGGUACGCAUCCACCUUCGUGUACC